AAAUUCAUGGACCCAUAUAACGAAGGAAAAAAGAAAAAGACAACGGAAAAAAAUUGUCAAAAAAUGAAGAUCGAAUCUAUUCAUUUCCACAUUGACCUACUGCCCACGAGGAGGGAGAAGAUCUUCAGGGGGACUUUAAGAUUACAAUCCUGGAAGCUAAGUUUAGGUUUUUGAGGCAACUUUGAUAGACAAAUUUGAAGAAUUUAGAUUUUUGGGUUUGAAGAAAAGGUUGCUCUUUUUCUUGUUGAAUUUCAGGUUUAGGGUUUGGUUUGGUGGAUAUUGAUUUGUUCUGUGCUGAUAAUACUGUGAAGAGUCGUGAUUGUUCCAACUCGAAAUCACAAAGUUUGAAGUUUUUUAAUUGCUGCACUCUUUUGGGUAUCUAGAGAAAGUCGACACUGGUUCAUGGUCAGUUUUUUGCGGCGUAUGUGAAGUUUAGGUUGCUGUUUUGAAAGGUUGCUAGCUGGUGCUUGAGCUUGGAUUUUGAAGUUCUGGGAUAUUCUGUUGAAGCUUUUGAAUGGUUUGACAUUGUGGUUGUUUGGAAAAUUUGGUUAAGUUUGUUGCAGUGCACUUUGCAGUUUAGUUUUUUGAAAUGGAUAAUUCAAAGAAUCGGCUUAAUGAUCAUCUAGGGGUUAACAAGAUCAGCAAGAAUAUAAAGAAGAGCCCGUUGCAUCAACCUAAUUUUGCUAAUAAUGCAGCUAGGCAGCAGCCUCAGCCUCAGGUUUACAAUAUAAGCAAGAAUGAUUUCAGGAACAUUGUUCAGCAGCUCACUGGUUCCCCCUCACGCAAUGACCCUUUGCCUAGACCCCCACAGAAUCCUCCCAAACCCCAAAGUAUGAGGUUGCAGAAAAUUAGGCCUCCACCAUUGACACCAAUCAAUCGGCCCCAUAUUCUUCCUCCAGCUCCAGUCCCUGCCCCUGCUUAUGCACCAGCUCCGGUUCCUCAUCCUGCUCCUUAUAACAAUAGCUUAGUUAGACCUGGUCAAUAUGGACAACCAUCACCUAAAAUGUUGCCGCCUAUGAUACCUGGAGAUGCUGUUUUGGCAAACACAGCUGAAUCUUCUAUCUCAGCUUAUAUGCGAUACCUUCAGGCUUCCCUUAUAGAUCCUAGUCCAGUUGGAAACCAAGUUCAACCUCACCUACACCCCCCAGUUCCAGGUCGACCUCACGCCCCACCACCAUAUUCUGGUUUACUUCCUAAUCCACCAACUUCAGCUCUCCCGUCCCCAAGAGCAGUAAACGGUCCUGCACCACUGAUGCCUAAUCUCCAUUCUCCACGAAUGAAUGGUCCUGUUCAACCAAUGCCCAAUCUUCCAUCACCAUGGAUGAAUGGGGCUGCCCUUUUACCCUCACCUACUUCUCAGUUCCUUUUGCCAUCACCUACUGGUUAUAUGAAUUUGUUGUCCCCCCACUCGCCUUACCCUUUGCUUUCUCCCGGGAUUCAAUUUCCUCCAAUAACUCCCAAUUUUGCUUUCUCACCCAUGGGUCAGUCAGGGAUUUUAGGUCCAGGGCCUCAACCUCCACCUUCCCCUGGUCUCGUGUUUCCAUUAUCACCUUCUGGUUUGUUUCCCUUCCCGAGUCCAAGAUGGAGGGAUCAAUAAUCCAAUUUAGUACAUUUUAUUUCUCAUCAGUUUCAUUCUUGUUGAGGAAUUGGGACCUUCAUCAUGCAGGAUCAUCUCCUUCUCGUGGAAGUUCAAUUGUGAAAAUAUAAUGUAUACUGCUCGUGUAAGGGUCUUCCCAAAGUUUUUUAUUUUUUCUUUUUGGUCUUUUGUCAUGUCCAUACCCAUUUCACAAGUUUGCAUUUAGACUUGGUAACAGCUGCAAUGCUUUUCGUUUUCUUGGACAAGUUUUACUUGGGAAAUAGUGGAGAUCAGAUAACUCAGUUGGAUAUCUGGACAGGAGCUGUAACUUGUGAGGAAGCAGGAUCACAGGCAUAAAACGUUUAUAGGUAGACAAUGGCAAUCAAAUUCUUAUGUAGUUGUACUGCUGUGGAUUAAAUCCUAACUAGCUUUAGUUAAAUUCUUGUUCAAUUGAGUGGCAUGUGGAAAAAAACUAUUCAAGCAUUCUUCAUUAUUUAUUUUUCCAUGUUAUUCAAAAUAAAGGGUCAUGGUUUUAGAGUCAA